GAUUACUGAUUCGCGUACGAAUCGUUCGGCUCUUCUUGAUGAAUCACUAUUGAGUCGGAUCUUUUUGAUGAAUCGCUAUUCAAAAUGGCUGCGCCCAGGACACAUGAGUGUAUAGACAGUAUGGCAUCAGUAAAGGUUGUAUCCUCUGCUGCUCCUCUCGUUCUUCGUAUCGUGGCGGAGUGUCCUGUGAGCAAGGCAAGAGCCUGCACACUUACUCUCCCACACUGCGCAGUGAACACCCCGGUGUUCAUGCCCGUGGGCACUCAGGGUACCCUGAAAGGCAUCACUGUAGACCAGCUGGAGGACCUGGACUGCCAGAUAUGCCUGGGGAACACCUAUCAUCUCGGCAUGAGACCGGGUCCCGAGUUAAUAGAGAAAGCCAAUGGAUUGCACGGGUUUAUGAAGUGGAAUAGAAAUCUCUUAACGGACAGUGGCGGGUUCCAGAUGGUGUCUCUAGUGGAGCUGUCUGAGGUGACGGAGCAGGGCGUCACGUUCCGUUCCCCUUACGAUGGAAAGGAAAUCCUGCUCACCCCGGAGCAAUCCAUCGGCAUACAGAACAGCCUCGGUUCAGACAUAAUGAUGCAGCUGGAUGACGUGGUCAGUAGUACGGUGAGAGGCCCGCGGGUGGAGGAGGCCAUGCACCGCUCCGUUCGCUGGCUGGACCGCUGCAUCGCGGCGAAUAAGAACCCGGACCGACAGAACCUGUUCGCCAUCAUUCAAGGGGGGCUCGAUGCCAAACUGCGCAAGGCCUGUUUAGAUGAAAUGACAAAGCGCGAUGUGCCGGGCUUCGCCAUUGGUGGGUUGAGCGGGGGAGAGGAAAAGGAUGACUUCUGGAAGAUGGUGACUCUCAGCACACACCACCUCCCCAGAGAAAAGCCCCGCUACCUCAUGGGAGUCGGCUAUGCACUAGACCUGGUGGUCUGUGUUGCCUUGGGCUGUGAUAUGUUUGACUGUGUCUUCCCAACUCGAACAGCAAGAUUUGGAUCCGCUUUAGUUCCCUGGGGAUCUCUGCAGCUCAAACAGAAACAAUAUGCCAAAGACUUUCAGCCGAUCGAUCCUGACUGCCAGUGUUCCACCUGCAAGAGACACAGUCGGGCUUACCUUCACGCCCUGUUCAAGAGCGACACUGCAGCCAUGCAUCACAUCACUAUCCAUAACAUCUCUUACCAGCUCACACUCAUGCGUUCAGUGCGUCAGAGCAUCAUAGAUCAGAGGUUUCCUGAGUUUGUGAAGGCGUUCAUGAAGAGGAUGUUCCCGUCCAGCGAUCAGUACCCCAGCUGGGCUGUAGAGGCACUGCAGUCAGUCAACAUCACCGUCAGCUGAGACGCCCACACCAGGAUCAUGAAGACAAGAAAAAGACUUGCUGGUUCUUUUUU